AUGCGGCGCGUCGUCGUGACCGGCCUCGGCGCCAUCACACCCCUCGGCGUGGGGGUGCGGCGCACCUGGCAGCGGCUGCUGGCCUCCGAGUCUGGGAUCGUCAGCGUCGCCGACCGCGGCCGGGACGCCGCGGAACAGGCCCAGUGGCGCAGCCUAACCAGCACCGUCGCCGGUAUCGUGCCCGUGCCCGUGCCCUCCAACCCAACUCCAACUCCAACUCCAACUCCAACCCUCUCCUCUAGGGCGGACGGGGCGGGUGGUGGCGGUGGCGAUGACCACGACGGCCUCUGGCGCGCCGCGGACUGGCUCGACGCCGCGGACCAGCGCCGCAUGUCCACCUUCGCGCAGUACGCCGCCGCCGCCGCCGAGAUGGCCCUGCGCGACGCCGGCUGGCGGCCCGACCGCGACGCCGACCGCGAGAUGACGGGCGUGUGUCUGGGCAGUGGUAUUGGGAACCUGGACGACUUUUAUGCGACCAGUGUCGCUUUUGAUCGAGGGAUGUGGAAAGGGCUACAAGAAGGUCUCGCCGCUGUUUGUGCCCAAAAUCUUGAUCAACCUCGCCGCGGGGCAUAUUGCCAUGCGCUAUGGCCUGCGCGGGCCGAAUCAUGCCGCCACCACGGCGUGUACCACGGGGCCGCCCCACUCGAUUGGAGGAUGCGGGCGCGGUUUAUUUGCUUUUGGCCGAUGCGGAUGUUAUGGUCGCCGGGCGGCGCCGAGUCGUGCAUUCACCCGCUUACGUUUGCCGGCUUUGGGCGCUCGAGGUCGUUGUCUAUCGCGUUUAACCACGAUCCACCGGCGAGCUGUCGGCCGUUUGAUGCGGACCGCGCCGGGUUUGUGGUGGCCGAAGGGGCCGCUGUGGUGGUAUUAGAAGAGCUGGAACAUGCGAAGAGGAGGGGCGCCAGGAUUCUGGCAGAGUUGAAGGGAUACGGGUGCAGCGGCGAUGCAUAUCACAUGACGGCCCCGAGAGAAGAUGGGUCGGGGGCGCUGUCGGCCAUGAAGAAAGCGCUGAAGAACGCCGGGGUCAAACCUGGGCAGGUGGACUACAUCAACGCUCACGCCACCGGCACGUUGGUCGGCGAUACUGCUGAGGCGAUGGCCAUCCGGACGCUGAUGAUGGGCGAAGAGGGUGUGGAGGACGAGAGCAAGAUCACGACGAGCAGCACAAAGGGGGCCAUCGGCCAUUUGUUGGGCGCAGCCGGCGCUGUCGAAGCCGUGUUCUCGAUUCUCGCCAUCACUGAUGAAAUGCUGUUCAACCGCGUCCGGGAGAGCUUGUCGGCGGGGAAGAGCAACUACUUCAUCUACGGGGCGACUGAGGCGCUAUACAAGGCCUGCGCCGCCCAGGCCGACUACACCAUUGAGGCCGCAGACCGCAAGGCGGGGACACUAAAAACCACCGAGGAGGGCGAGGAAAUUGGCACAAGCAAAGCCGGGACGUGGCAUAACGACCUCGACCUCCUCCCCACCUUCAGUACCUGGGCCCAGGUCACCAUGCUGCACAUGUACCUGCUCGUCGUCCGCUUCCGCUGCCUCGAACCGGCCGCCCAGCAGGCCUGGCAGUCGCAGCUGGUCAACCAUUUCUUCUACCAGGCCGAGGCCAAGAUGGAGGACGUGCACGAGCUGACCUCGCGCAUGAUCCGCCAGGCCUACCUCAAGGACCUGUUCGUCCAGUGGCGCGGCCUGAUCCUAGCCUGCGACGAGGGGAUCGUCAAGGGCGACGCCGUGCUCGCCUCGGCCGUAUGGCGGAACCUGUUCAAGGCGCGGGAGGACGUGGAUGCCCGGGCGCUGGCCGCCGUGGUCGCCUGGAUGCGGUCCGGGUUGAGGGAGUUGGGGGAGCUGCCGGACGAGGACAUAGCCUCGGCGGUCAAGGUGCUCCCAGAGUUGAGGACGCAGUCUGCGGUCGUCGAUGUGCCGACGGCGUCGAUGAGAACGGCGUUUGCGCAGGCGGGAAUUACCUCGUCGUGA